AUGUUCAUGGCCGCCCGUCGCAUCCAAUCCCAUUGGCGAGGCUACCGCGUCCAAAAGCUGCUCCAUCAGCGCUGGCUGGGGGCAGUUACUAUUCAGCGCUGGUGGCGCGGCUUUCGGAUUCGGCGAACUCUGUGGGAAAAGUUGGAGCAGCGGCUGCAGGACACGAUCCUAGAGCAUUUCCAUGUCGCGGCCACUCGCAUUCAGGCCCUGUUUCGUGGAUGGCGGGACAGGAGGUCCAUCCACGAUGUGCGAAACCUGUGCCGCAUGCAAACCUCCGCCGCCGAGGAUCUCAUCAACUGCGUAAUCGUCCAGCUGCAUCAAAUUAAGCAAACCAAAUCCCUGCCAGGACUCUUCUCGUUGCGAAACUCUGUCUGCCUUCCAAGAGUUGAGAAACUAUUGACCACGAUGCUGUUUAAAUAUUACAACGGACGGGUGGUAUCAAUGGUGGCUAACAGGAUGUCCCAAAAGGAUGCCCACCGAAAGGACUUUGAAACCGCUACAUUCCAUACGCAGUUCCCCUAUGACGGACCCAACUUCAACGAGCUAUGUCAUGGUAGAGAAGAAGACCAAGUGGCUGUCAAGGAAUUUACCAGUGAUCUGCGCUUCUGUGGAAUAGUCACGAAAUAUCAGGAAUCUCAGCGGGAUGAGUAUUUAAGAGAAGCCCAUCGGCGCUUUGAUUCGCGCAAACGUCAAGAGCAGUUGGAACACAUAAAAGCAGGGGAAAUAGAUUCGAAACGUAAAUUCUGUGCAGAAGUUAUACAGCGCAUGCGUAAAUGGAACAUCUGGAAUGGUUCCAAAAUGGAUAUAAAAAAGAAUAUGUUUCAAAGUCCAGAAAAUGUGCAGCUAUUUUUUAAGCGAGUGAAGCAUCUGAUGAGUGAUUACAGUGAUAUAACCGCCGAGGACCUGGGUGAUAUUGAAUGUUUUGAAGAACAAAUUUAAAGUUAAACAUAUAUUUUUACCCAUAUGUAACGAAUAGAGGAUUGAUUUGUAUACUUAAAA